AUGGAUCACAGGCCGCCGUCGCUAGCGCAUCCCAACAAACGCAUCCAGCUUUUGCCACCGUCCGAUGCGGCGGAUGGCACCAUCGUUUCGACUCCGAUCCGCGAUUUCGACAUGGAAUCGGGGAUGGGCAUUCUGAGAGUCAAGGGACGAGUUAAGUCUCUGGACAGUAUCAGCCAUGGCAGUGCCAGUGCAGCAACGAAAACUCGUAAUGCUGCUGCCGAGCAUUCUCGUAAGUUCGACGAGCCGCCGAAUGCAGAUGGCGGGAAAUCGAAAGCUCUUGCAAGUAUAGAAGAAGGCGAGGACCAGGCUGACGGCGAAAAUGGAGUGGCGAAGAAGGAAAAGAAGAAGAAGCUUCGGUGCUCCUUCUGCGAUCAAACCAGCUCGGACGAGUCGACCGGGGCUUUGGUGGCGGUGGACGAAAAGGGCGUGGCUUUCGAGCUCGCGGGCGAUCUGAGUCCUAAUGAGAUAUGCGUCCACGAGGAUUGCCUUCUCUGGUCCCCCGAGGUGCAUUUCACCAAGGGGCGAUUCGUGAACGUGCAGAAGGAGCUGCGCCGAUCGGGGGGCUCACUUCCCCACCACCCUCCUCCCCACACAUCAUCCCCCUUUCGCUCGUUUCCGAUCCCUUGUUCUCCGCGUCUCCCCUUGCGCAGGUCCCCCGAGGUGCAUUUCACCAAGGGUCGUUUUAUGAACGUGCAUAAGGAGCUGCGGCGGUCGGGAGGGCUCUAUUGCACCGUGUGCGGCGGGCGCGGCGCGGCGCUGGGUUGCCGCGUCCCCGCGUGCCGCCACACGUACCACGUGCCGUGCGCGCGACGCACUCCUGGCUGCCACUUCGAUGACGACGCAUACGUGCUCUCCUGCCCGCAACACCCGCCCGUGGGCGCCAAACCGAAAAAGCUCAAGCGCAAGCAGCCUUCCCCCCCGGCGGCGCCGGCGCAUGCGGACGAUUCGGACGACGAGGAGGAUGCAGGGAACGCGCAGGACGCGCGGCGGGGGAAGGAGGACGCCCGCGCGCCCCCCGUUGCGGGGAAGAACCAGAGGCGUGCGCGGACUGGCGCAGGGGGGAGGGGCGCGGGGGCGGGGGGGAGAAAGACUUCCGCGCAAGGAGCGGCUACAGUGGCGCCCGAGGUUCCUGUAACGAAAGAUGUGACUGGCGCUGUCAAGGACGUCACUAUGAAGGAUGUGACUACAAAGGCGGUAGCGGCCGUGAAAAGCAAAGAAGAGGAUGCGGCACGAGCGGGGAAAGCAUCAGCUCCUAUAGCCAAGGUUCCUGUGACAAAGAAUGUGACUAUGAAGGGCGUGACUCUGAAGGAUGAAGCUGCAGGGGGCAAGAAGACUGAAGAGAGCAUGGCACGUGUGGGCAAGGAGUGCAGAUCGGUGGAGCGAGGUAAGUUCCCCGUCGAUAGGGAGUUUGAAGGGAUCACUGCAAAGAAGGACAAGGGCAAGGGAGUGGAGGAGGGGGACAGCGAGCAGGAGACAGAGAGGGGCGUGAGCUUUGCAGCAGCAAACGCACUGGCUCCUUGUAGUAGCAGCAAGAAAGGGCAACCCUGUCCUAAUGAUUCAUCCCCCAAGCCUUCCGGUAGCGUCGCUUCUGUUUCUCUUGCUGAUGAUGCUUCGGCAAAGCUGAUGGCACAGGCUCGGGUGACUAAAGCGGAUAGCGGUGCAGUCUUUAAGGUGCCUCAACCGGUGGUUAAGGUGCCUCAGGCUGGUGCCUCAGUGGCCCAUGCGGUAGUUAAACCGCCUUUGGAUCGGCUGGCUAAGGGUGAGGGGAAGGAGGGUGAGAAGGAAAGGAAGGGAGAGGGAGAUAAGGGAGAUGAGGGAGAGGGAAGCAAGGAGGUGGAGGGAGGAGAAGGCAUGGGAUGGUGUGGUAAGCUGCAUGGUGGUGUGCUGGCAUGGAUGGGUGGUAUGCCUCUUGCUCUAGGAACAGCGGCAAGCCUUUCAGCUUUAAUUUCUGCACUGCAUAUUACUAGUAGCUUCCCGAUCAACCCCCCUCCCGUUAUUUAUUCCUUUUUCUCUGGUUCUCUGCUUCUCCCGUCUGCAGCCAGUGGGUUCUGUGCGGGUCAGCCCUUGAUUCAGCGUCCAAGCCUGAUCACUAAUCGCAUUUCUAGUCUCAACAACAGUCCCCCUUUACUGCACAAACCAUCUUCCGCCACUCUCUCCCCACUUACCCCCCCCACCACCACCCCUCUAUCUUUUCCCUCUCCCUCCUCUCCCCUUCCCCCUCUCCCCCAAAUCCCCCCCAACUCUCCCCCACUCUCCCUCCCCCUCCCAUAG